GUGCUGGAAUCAAACAAUCGCAAUUUGUUCGAGUAGCUGGAAUUGCAGACCAACCUUAUAAUGGAUCUUAUGUAUCAGCUGUUGAUAGUUCAACUCGAUGGUGGAAAACUACUAGUGAUGGUAUUAAAGAUAAAUUAGAUGUCACUUUGUUUUCUGAAGAUAUUGAGGAAGAGAGUAUAGAUGAUUUGGAUGAACCUGAUAAUUUUGAUGAUUCUAAAGUUGAACAUCAAAAUUUGGAAAUAAAAGAUUUGAUAAUGCUAAAUAAUUUCGAUGUUGAAAGAUUAUUCUAA